GGAGGCGGCGACCUGGAGGUGCGUGACUGCCGGCGCCGCGACGCCGCGGGCGUGACCGUCGACGCGCUGCUGGGCGGCGUGACGCGCAUGCAGCGGCUGCGGGAGCGCCCGCCCCCGCCCCCGCUCUCGCCCCCGCGGACGACUUGGCGCCCCUGGCUCCGCCCGCGCUCGGAUAAUCAAAAGCUUGCUCUUGACGGGUUGACCACAUUACGUCGAAGGUCACAUGUGCGGCGGUCGGUGACAGUGUCAGUCAGCUGCAUUGUUGUGAUCGAGUUUCAUGUAAUUGGAGGUGCCCCGUCAGCCCCGUUUGCCUCGGAUUAUCGCAACCCCGCUGGCGCGCCGUUGCUUGCAGCGCUGACUCUGGGCCCGCGGCGCUGCGACGCGUGCCUGCCGGGCGAGGUGUGCGUGGCGCUGGCCGGGGAGACGCUGCCCGCGUGCCGCCCGCCGGCCGACGCCGCUGACCCCACGGGCUGCGGGGGCCUCUGCCGCCUCGGACGCGACCUCUGCCACCGCCUCGAUCGCGAUGCCUUCAGAUGUGUGGAAGAUUCACCGUGCCUAGCAGAAGAAUGGCGUUGUGGAAACCUCCUUUGUAUUCCGCGGGUCAAACGCUGUGAUGGUCACUUGAACUGCUAUGAUCACACCGAUGAGUUUGACUGUGAGUGUGAUCUGGAAACUCAUUUUCAUUGCGGAAAUGGAACAUCAUGUCUACCACGCAGCAAGCGCUGUGAUCAUAUCAUUGACUGUUGGGAUGGCACAGAUGAGCUGAAUUGUACUCAAGCCUGCCCACGUGCAGACCAGUUUACUUGCUCUGAUGGGCAAUGCAUUCCCAGAGUUCGCUUCUGUGAUGGUCUGGCAGACUGUCAUGACCAGUCAGAUGAACCCUUUGGGUGUGGGGGUGCCUGUAAGAGACAUGAAUGGCGAUGCGGGAAUGGACGCUGUGUGAAGAAAGCUGCAGUUUGUGAUGGAGCAGAUGAUUGUGGGGAUGAGACCGAUGAAGCCAACUGUUCCCCCAGUCGGCUGAGGUUACGAGCAAGCCAACCAUUGGUCAACGCCAAGUGAAAGGACAUUUGGAAUGGUAACAUACUAUGCACAAGAAUGCAACGAAAUGGGCCUGUAAUAUCAGAGAAGGAAACCUCUUAGAGGUUGGAAUAGUUUAAUGCACACAAAUGAGAUACACCAAAAAAAGAAAAACAAAUGGCAAUGCUGAGAUGGAAGUGAGAAGGACCAUGUUAAUAUUCUGUCAAGGUUUGUGGAGAUGAGCCAGGCUAGUCUUUCAUACCCAGUGCCUUUGGUAAUAAGCAGCAAUCACUUCUUAAAGCUGCCUAUGAAGAAAUCCGUCCAGAUAACUCCUGCCUUAAAAAAUGUCUUCUGAAGAUAUAAUGGGUUUGCCCAUUUUCUCCCAAAAUAUUCUCAUAGGUUCUUUACUUUUUCUUUUAGACCGAAAAGGUCUUCAAUUAUUUAUGUUUACUGGUCUAUUGCUAUGUGGUUAAAUUUAAUUUUCAUUAAGUUAAUUUUUCAGUUCAGUGAAAUAGAACUUGUAGAAAUGUUAAUUUAAAGUACAUAUAAAGCAUGUAUGAGUUGAACAUGCAUCGUUAUUAGAUGAGCAAUGCUCUAAUACAUACCAAAAUUGUAACCAAAGAUGUAAAAUACAUUAACAUACAAAUCAAAUGUAUGGUGGAAGAUUUUGUUUAACAAAACCGCAAAUGUGCAGUAUAUUGCUCAGGGUGUUUACAUUAACUUGUAAGAUAUUUAAGUGAAUUGUCUGUGGAAAUUCAGAGGGUUAUAUGAAUGUUAUGUUUUGCAAUCAAACAAAGCAAAUAUAUAUUUUUAUAUUGAGC